AUGGUCUUUAUGAAAGGCCCCCAGGGCCUUUACAACUGCUAUCCACAACCUAUCACCAAAAGAAGGGACGAGAGAUUGGCCAAACUGGAGAACGCAGCGCCGGUAGAGGUGAAGGAGUCACCGCGCAGGUCACGAGGGGUCAUCCCUCACCUGGGUCACCUACCUGACCUCAACAAACUCUCUGAGGUGGUCCGUCACUUGGUCAUGGGCAGUGUGGGUCUCGUUAAGCCCAUACUGAAGCCCAGGAAGAUCUGCAUCUACACCUGCGCUAAUCUGAAAGACACUAUGAUGGAACGGUCGGCGCUGAUGGAGCACGUGUAUCCCAAGCUGCGCCUUUACUGCAUGGAGAAGGGAUACGAACUCAGCGUCGUCGACCUGCACUGGGGGAUACCUGAAGAGGACCUCAACGACCACUCCUUCAGGGACCUCUGCCUCGCACAACUCACCAGUGAGUGUUCCUCCUGCAUCAAACACUAUACGGUUCACACAUUUACUUGCGCACUUUUUUAUAUUUCUCAGUUUUUUUUUGUCCAAGUGUUUUUAUACAUUUUCUUGGAUCAGUUGAUUAAAGUAUUCUUGACUGGGGACACCAGCAGUGCCACGCUGCGACAGGAGGCACUCCACGACUGGCACAACGAAGUCAAGAAGAUGAUUACACUGUUGAGAGGGGUGUUUAGCCAGGGUAUGAAGGAGAAGUACCUAUCCACUGUGAUGGAGCAGGAGAUUCAGGAGAGCGUCCUCGUGAACCAGGAGAGUGCCAAGCAGUGUCUGUGGCUCUGUCGCAAGUUCACACACUUCCCCUCACACAACGUUCCAGCGCAGGGCAAGCUCUACGUCACCACUGACCCCGACAGCAGGAAGCGGCUUGAGCUCCUUCAGAGUGAGCUCAAGGAGCGGCUCGAUGAAAUCAGGAUGCUCAGGUUCCGCGUUAAGUGGCACAGCAGCGGCCUGAGCACCGAGGUGGGGGAGCACGCACAGUAUGUGGAGGACCUGUGUGCUCAGGUCUCCCCGCUCCUCAUCUCUAUCAUCGACGGCAUUAUAGAGGAGGACGAGAACAAGGAGGAGUUGAAGACAUACCUGGGCAUCGAGAAGCGGCUCUUCCACGAGCUGAUGCAGCAGUCCCUCAGCUGCCAGGCACUCUGCCAGGGCUUUGAGGGUCGCCAGGAGCUGCUAGCAAAGAUCAAGAGGUACGUGAACAGUGACUCAUGUGCACCGUUGGUGGUGCACGGUGAGGAGGGCUGCGGGAAGACCUCUCUCAUCGCCAAGACCACUGAGAGAUGCUGUGAGUGGGUCCCGGACUACCCCCUCGUUGUCAGGUUGGUGGGUCUGACUCCAGCCUCCUCAACCUCUGAGCAAGUUCUUCGCUCCAUCGCUGAGCAGUGCUGUGCUCUCUUUGGUGAGCACCACGCAGAGGCGGCCAAGGUCCCACCCUGGACACUGGAGGAGGGCAACAACAGGCUGGAGAGUAUACUGAAGCAGCAUCAGCGUAGCCUCAACGAGGAACAGCGAGAAUUGAUCAGCAGGAGCAUCCAGGAGUGUCCCCUACCACUCUACGUGGAGGUGACGGGUUGGGCGGCGUGUGGCUGGACGGGAGGGGACACCCGGCCGCUCCUCAAAUCUUCACUCCUGCAGCAGAUCAACGUAGUCUUCGACGACCUGGAACGUUCCUAUGGACAGGUUGAGGUGUCACACAUGUUGGGAUACCUGACGGCAGCCAAACACGGUCUCUCAGACUCAGAGAUGCUUGACAUACUCUCCUGCGACGAGGAUGUACUCGAGAAGGUCUUACUCCACUGCUCCCCUCCUGUGCGUCGGUGUCCGUCACUGCUGUGGGUGCAGCUCACUCAGCGGCUGCAGCCGUUCCUGAUGCAUACCACCGUGUCGGGCCUCUGCUUGCUCACUUGGCGCUACCAGAGCUUCAGGGAGGCUGCCCGCGACCGCUACCUGGCCACACCUGACCAGCGCACUCUGUGCCACACUGCACUCAUAGAUUACUUCCAGAGCAAGUGGAGUGAUGGAGUGAAGAAGCCAGUGGGUGAAAGUGAGACUGUUGAAGCCACGGACCGCUACAUCCUUCAUCAACCCAUCAAAUACCGAUGCAGCACCAUGUCCAAGAUUUCUAUGCAGGGUGUGUAUAGACACAACCGCCGGAAGUUAGACGAGCUGCCAUACCAGGUCUUGCAGCUACAUGGCACAAUACUCGAAGAGUUUGUUCUCAACUGUGGUUGGGUGUAUGAGAAGCUCUGUGGAUCAGAUACAUAUCAGGUGCUGGAAGACAUUUCUCUCUCACUGGCCAACCACAAAAACAUUGUGAUUCCAUGUGUUAUGUGGCAGGUAUGUGGUCGCUUGUCUACCCUCAUGAGUGACCCUCACAACCACGAGACUUAUCCUGUUAUUAAGAAACUUUACGACAUAGCAUCAAGUGCCCCUGUGCCUAGCCUCCUGCCCCUCACUGUCUGCCUCCGCCAGCCCUUCCAGGAUGAAAACAUGAAGCUGGGAGAUGGACAGAUAUAUUUCAACGCUGUGAUCAGGGCUCGCCACAACCCACACUAUGUGAUCACCCUCUCUACAGAGCGUGGGGAGAUAGCUGUGUGGAACAUCUUCACCAUGUCACCAGUCCGCACCCUCACUGGCAUCACCCAACCAAGAAAAUUGAAGAUGAUUGAUGACUACCGGUGUUUGGUGCUGUGUGGCCGUGAGCUACGCAUCUAUAAUUUUGACGAAGGAGUGUUUGUGAUGAAGUUACGUGAAGUUAUGAACCAGAAGAUGCCAUACUUUGGCCUCCAUGACAAGGACCAUGUAGUGGCUCUUUCUCGCUCCAGGAUGUAUGUUAACAUGAUGAAUCUCCACAAUGGUGACUGUGUGGCAACGUUCAAGGUUGGAGAAGACAGAUUCCUCAACAGUCUAAUGGUGUCAGAAAAUGGUAAAAUUUGUGUGUGUGGUGAUGAGACUCAAAAGCCCUCAGCUCUGCUAGUGUGGGACUUGGAACUACGCAAGUUGAUGUAUGACCUACGCAUCCCGUAUCACGAGUUCAUUACGCGACUUGCGGCUAUCACGAAAGAGGGACACUAUGUGUCCUGUGUCUGUAGGGAAGUGGAUGAACCAGCGCCUAAUUUCAUCGUAGUCUACGACCUGCAGAGUGGCACACUCUUCAAGAAGUGGAAGCCAGGGGUCAACAUCAUAUCCAUCGCUAUAUCAUCAGCGGGCAGCUGUGUCAUCAUAGGUCUGGAGGACUCCAAGUUGAUGGCCUAUGACCUCAUUACUGGUAAUGCGCGGUGGACUCUAAAGGGCCACACAGCACCACCAACCACCAUCAGACUGGACAACAGAGGACUUCAGUGUGUUACCUACGACUCUAUGGGAAGGGAUCGUUCUCUCAGAGUCUGGGACAUUCACACUGGUACUAGCCUUGCCGUGAUGACACCUGACCAAGCCAUCACUGCAUGUGAGAUCUCCAGUGACGGGAAGGCUGUAGUGAUGGCUCUAGAGGGAAGGAACGAGAUAGUCACCUUCCUCCUGUGCCACCAGUCAGGAGUAGAUGGACAUGCAGCACCUAAAUCCUAUGGCAAUGGCAACAACAAUGGCAAAGUGUUUGACUUAAGCCAGGCUGGGUAGUGUGUAAGUCUUCCUUGUGGUACUGCUUGGUGACAUCAGUGUAAUGCUGCUGUUUCAUGAUGGAGCUUCCUAUGAUGCCAUGGAGCUUCCCAGUGUCAUGGUAGAGCCUCCCAUUGUGUCAUAAUGGAAUCUCUCAUAGUAUUAUGAUGGAGCCUCCCAUAGUGUAAUGUUAUCUAAACUAACACUCGUGUUUCACAGGCAUAAACUUUGUGUCAAAAAUACCAAUGGUAUAGAUGAUAACAUGAGCAGAGUACUUUACAAGAUAAACAUCAGUAAAAGAUUUGGCAGACAUAGCAGUGUUGCUAAUGAGUGUAUAAAGAUACCAUUAUUAUUAUUAUUGUUGUUAAUACAAGAAAGUGCUAAACCUGAAUAGAUCACACUGCAGUAAAAGAUGUUGCAUUAAUGUAAGCAGCCAAACACUCAUGUAAUAUGAAUAUAGGGUGCAGGGUUCCCUAUAGUGUAUCAGACUGACCCAUUAGGGUCAUACAAUGCUUGGAGAAUGGGUAAUAAUUGGGUUUCAUUCCAGUGAAGGGAGGGUGCCUGCAAUUCCAUGGAUCAAGAGCUUUUCACCAUCUUCAGGGUGUCCCCUUGAAGGGGAUGUCAUUAAUAAAGGAGUAAAAUCUCCUUACAUAACAGAAGCUUCUGCACAUGAACAUGGUGUAGUAUCAUGAUUUUUGGGCUGUGGUAUCCAAACUACUGUAGUUUUGUAAACAUAUUCUGAAACUAAUCCUAAUAAGAAUGCACUAUUUCAGUGAUAUAUUACAGUAUACAAUACAGUAGACAUCCAGUUUCAUCACCUAGACACACCAUCAUACAUUUACCAUACCAGAGAAAACACUAAAUAUUCUUAUUAGGUCUAGGUUCAAAAUUUUUUAUCCGAUACAGUAGUACAUGUUUGUCUCGCAUCAUCUGUAGGUCUGUAAUGACAUAGUGUAGAUACAGUAUACCAGUCAUUGUCUUCUACCUAAAACGUGUGUAAAAACUGUUUUUGAUGUUGCUGACAAAAAUGUUGUGUGAAUAAGUUAGCAGAUAUGACCUUUGCCUUUCAGAGUCUUAUAAUAUGCCAAAGCUGUGUUUUGACAUAUUGCUGUAUCUUGAAAUUACAGAAGAGUAUGGAUUAAAUUUUGGAUGUAUAAUGUUUUGUAACAAGAGGACUGACCUCUAAGUAAUAAUAUUUGCAGUCUGUUUCUUUGAAUUCAUUGCUCAAUGUGGACAAAGAUAUGUAUCAGCUCUUAAUGUUUACCCUUACUAUAGGUCAUUAGGUUAUAUAAGUUUAAACCAAUGGCGUAAAAAGUCUGUUUAGCAGAUUAUCACGUCAGCUUCUGAAAGAGUGAACAACAGACAAAAUGCAUUAUAUAAUCCAGUUGAAGAGGUUAUUUUAUACUGUUUAUAAAAAGUUAUUUUGCUGCUCUGCCAUUUAAACUGAUAUAAUUAAAAGAGAAUUAAGAUCAUGAUAUAGUAUACAGAGGGAGAUACAGAGAACAUAUUUUAACACUAUCAGGUAAUUUUCAUAUUUAAAAUAGAAGUUAGCCUACAUAAUAGAUGUUUGAGAACCAUCUUGGUACAGUAGCUUUCAUAUUUAAAGAAUUCUAUCUGAAAAGAAUAAGAUAGUGUAUAUUAAAAACUUCAAGUAAAAGACUGGUGAUCAAGAAAAUUCUCAUCAUUUUGUUAUAUGUAUUUUUCUCCAUACUUUGUGUUCAAACAUUAUUUGCAUAUACAGUAUACUAAGAGUUAAAUUAUUAACUUUUUGUAAGAGUUAUAGUAACUUUAUUUUAUUUUACUGGUAUAUUUAAAAAAAUUCAUAUGUAAACAAAUGCAACACAUGCUUGUAACAUUGAUGACAAUCAUUAGGAAUCUGGUGAAAAAUGAAGUAAAACUGCAUUUUGACUGCAGAAGGAUGGAUUUCUGCUGUGGUGCCCUGAGUGGUCCAAUUGAAACAUAUUCCUAUAUUUGCCUACUACCUUCUCAUAGAACAACACCUAGUUCCUCUCUGUGAGGUUCGUCAGGUCCCUAUUUCGGUUCUUCACUUUCUUGUAGAUUGCCCGGUUUACCAGUGAGCUCACAGGAUUUACCUCCAACCCCGCUGCCACCCUACCACUCUUACCUAUCUUUCCUUCUUGCAGAUGGCCCUGUCUGACUUACAAUCACUUUUUGACUUUGUCAGCAACUGCUUUACUGUAUGAACUUUGACACACAGCCCUUAGCAUCCCUGCCAGCCCUUUUUUCCUCGUGCCUCUGAUCCCCUCUCUACCUAGCUGUUUAUAGCCCCAGUAGUAUUUUCUGCCCCGCAGCGCUGUAUGACCCUUGUCAGUUUAGCACUUUCUUUGAUUAUAAUAAUUGCCUAAUACAUACCUCUCUUACUUCUUAGGCCCUUGUGGUUUAGCACUUCUUUUUGAUUAUAAUAAUAAUCUUACUUCCUUAUGGUGUCCCGUAGCUCAAUUCCUAGUGCACUCAGUUCUCACACUGAGGUCCGUGGUUCAGUCUCCGGUAUGGGUGAAAAAUUAGGUUGUUUUUCCUUAAAACACCUGCUGUCCCUGUUCAUCUGUCAGUAAAGUAGGUACCUGUGUGUUAGUCGACUGGUGUGGGUC